AUGAAGCUGCUAUCGAAGAAAGUCAAGAGCAACGCACACGGCCAAGAUUCUUCGUACUUCCUAGGAUGGCAGGAGUACGAGAAGAACCCAUAUAACGAGGUUCGAAAUCCUAGAGGAAUUAUUCAGAUGGGUCUUGCAGAGAACCAGCUCUCUUUCGAUCUGCUCGAAUCAUGGCUUGCUCAAAAUCCAGACGCAGUUGGAUUCAAGAAAAAUGGAGAGUCCAUAUUCAAAGAGCUUGCUCUUUUUCAAGAUUAUCAUGGCCUCCCAGCUUUUAAGAACGCAUUGGCUGAAUUUAUGGAAGAAAUCCGAGGAAACAAAGUUCGGCUUGAUUCAGAAAAUUUAGUACUCACUGCUGGCGCCACUUCAGCUAAUGAAACUCUUAUAUUUUGCCUUGCAGAUCCUGGUGAUGCUUUUCUUCUCCCCACCCCCUACUAUCCUGGGUUCGACAGAGACCUUAAGUGGCGAACUGGAGUUGAAAUUGUAUCAAUACAGUGUAAUAGCUCCAAUGGCUUUAGAAUUACUGGAUCUGCUCUAGAAGAAGCUUAUCAAGAAGCGGAAAGACGAAAUCUUAAAGUUAAAGGCGUAUUAGUAACUAAUCCUUCAAAUCCACUUGGAAUAACAUUGAGCCUGCACGAGCUUAAUCUCCUAGUAGACUUCAUUGAUGCCAAAGGAAUCCAUUUGAUAAGUGAUGAAAUCUAUUCGGGCCUGGUUUUUAACUUGCCAGACUUUGUGAGCAUAAUGGAGGUUCUAAUGAACAAAAACUACAUGAAUACACAAAUUUGGAACCAAAUUCAUUUAGUAUACAGUCUCUCCAAAGAUUUAGGUAUUCCAGGAUUUCGAGUUGGAGCAAUUUACUCUAGCAAUGAAAUGGUUGUAUCUGCAGCAACAAAAAUGUCGAGUUUUGGAUUGGUUUCUUCUCAAACUCAGUAUCUUCUUUCAGCCAUGCUUUCAGACAAAAAAUUUACGAAAACUUAUGUUUCAGAAAAUCGAAAACGGCUUAAGCAUAGGCAGGAAAUGCUGAUUCGAGGUCUUGGAAAUGCUGGUAUUGGGUGUCUAAAAAGCAAUGCUGGUUUAUUCUGUUGGGUAGACAUGAGGCACCUUUUGAGUUCCAAUACUUUUGAAGCAGAGAUGGAGAUUUGGAAGAAAAUUAUUUAUGAAGUUGGGUUAAAUAUAUCUCCUGGAUCUUCAUGUCAUUGCCCUGAGCCUGGUUGGUUUCGUGUUUGCUUCGCGAACAUGUCAGAAGAAGCCCUAAACCACGCAAUGCAACGAAUAAAUGUCUUUGUCAAUUCUGAAUGCAAGACUAACGUUAAUGGCCACAUUGGAAAUCAAUUCUGGAAUAAGACUUUGCGAAGAAAAUCACUUGCCAACUGGGUUUUCCGGCAAUCGUUUCAUGACUACAAAUGUCAACGAUAG